AUGCUUCUUGCUGGAUUUGAGACAACAGCCACUAGCUUGACAUGGACUUUAUUUGAACUCGCGCUUCAUGCGGAUGUACAGGACAGGCUCCGGCAGGAGAUACACCAGAAGGAACGAGAAAUCAAAGCUCGAGGGGAUAUCGCUUUUACACCCAAUGAUUUUGAAGAUAUGCCUUAUCUAACGGCAGUACUCAAAGAAUCUCUGCGCUUCAACCCAGCAGCGUAUUAUAUAUACCGACAACCCAGCAAAGAUGAGGUCAUUCCAUUGUCAACCCCGAUCACCUCGCCCUCUGGAAAAAUACUUAAUGAAAUCGUCGUCCCAAAAAACACAAAAAUCACGAUAUCGAUCAACGGAUACAACAGAAAUAAGGCCAUUUUUGGACACGAUUCACAACUUUUUGACCCCGACCGGUGGUUGACGCCGGGUAGAGUUAAUAAAUCCGUCAAUGUUGGAGUUUAUGGGAACUCAAUUACCUUUUCUGGAGGUAUUCGUUCUUGUAUAGGAUGGAGAUUUGCGGUCAUGGAGCUUCAGGCGUUCCUUGUGGAACUUGUGGGCAAUUUUGAAUUCUCACCAACACCAGAAGCAAGCAUGAUUCGCAGAGAAGCCUGCCUAGUCAUGGCACCAACAAUUGAAGGUCAUGUCAAGAAGACACGAUAUCUUCCGCUGCUCGUCAAAAAGGCCAAAAGAGCGCUUUAA